AUGGCGUCCCUCAAGGUCAAGCUCAACAACGGCGUGGAGAUCCCCAUCCUCGGCCUCGGGACGUGGCAAUCGAAGCCAAACGAAGUGGCGACGGCCGUCGAGUAUGCACUCAAGGAAGUGGGAUACAGGCAUAUUGAUUGUGCAUGGGCGUACGGAAACGAGAAAGAGGUUGGCGAGGGAAUUCGUAAAUCUGGCGUCCCGCGAUCGGAGAUCUUCAUCACCAGUAAACUGUGGUGCACGCACCACUCCCGUGUCGAGGCAGCGCUCGAGGAGACUCUGGCUAACCUCGGCACCGAUUACCUUGAUUUAUAUCUGAUCCACUGGCCGUUUCACUUGAACCCGAACGGCAACCAUCCGUCGUUUCCGACGCGUCCCGACGGCACUCGCGAUAUCCUCCCCGACUGGAAGAUCAAGGACACAUGGGCACAGAUGGAGACUGUUUACAAGAAAGGGAAAGUGCGGGCAAUCGGAGUGUCCAACUUCUCCGAGCGGGUCCUCGAACAGGACAUCCUUCCCCACACGACGGUGGUCCCUGCAGUUAAUCAGCUUGAGAUCCACUUGUACAACCCCCAGCACAAGCUCCUGUCGUACCUCAAGUCGAAGGGCAUCGUCCCGCAAGCAUAUUCCCCGCUCGGCUCGACUAACUCUCCCCUGCUCAGCGACGAAACUGCAGCCGCGAUCGCAAGCAAGUAUGACCUGCAGCCGUCAGACGUGUUGCUCGGAUACCUUGUGGCCAAGGACAUCGUGACACUGCCGAAAUCCGUCACACCCACGCGAAUCGCAAGUAACUACACUGGCGCCCUAAGUGCCGCAUCGAAGUUAAGUAAGGAGGAUGUCGAGAAGUUGGACGGCGUAGCUACGUCUGGCAAACAGAAACGACUGAUCACACCACCUUGGGGUGUCGACCUUGGUUUCGAGAACUGGCCAUGA